AUGUCAUCGCUGAAUUCCAGUAACGGUACAAAUGCCACGGGCCAAAACGAUUCAUAUUUAGACAUCAUCAGAAGUUGUAUAUUGUUUUCGUACUUCUUUACCAUUGUGGCUGCUGUAACUAUGAAUUCCAUUGUUUUGCUAGCAGUAUACUUGGAUAAGAGCCUACAUAAUGCUAACAAGUACUUCGUUGCCUGUCUAGCAAUUUCCGAUUUCAUGGUAGCGGUAUUUAGUGUUACCAUUCGUCUUCAUCUGUACAUGAGACCCAAUGUUCCACUGAGUAUUCACGUGUGUCGUUUUUGGAUUUGGGUUGAUAUCUUUACAGAACUUGCAUCCAUCACAACGUUGACAAUAAUCAGCAUUGAUCGUUACUUCAAAGUUGGAAAACCAUUUAAAUACAAGAUCAUGAUGUCGACUAAAAGAUGUAAAAUCAUAAUCACGUUUCUAUGGUUGUAUGCGUCUGUGGUCGCAUUUCUUGGUCUGGUACCUUACCAAGGCACGAAAGGGGUGCAUAUAACUGUCAUCGGGAACUGUGCCAAUGACAACAAGGUGUUCUACAUCUUAGCUGCAUUUAUAGGAUUCUUUAUCCCAGUCAUUAUCCUAAUUAUUAUGUGUGCGAUGAUGUUUCGCAUUGUGAAACGAUUUCACAGAUCAAGAUCAACCCACAACCGGGAACAAAGUAUGGAAUCACCUGCUAUACCAAGGAUUAAUGUUAGCGGAAAGAGCGUCGCUAAUUCAAACCACCGAACAGUCGCAAUCUUCAGCUUAGUUGUAUUUGCUUUCAUCGUGUGCUGGGGACCUUUCUUUAUUCUUUUUCUUAUAAGCCAAUACAAUAAGGACUUAUUGUCUCUAAAUGAUAAAGGAUUUCAAAUUUUAUCAGUCGUUUGUUUUAAUAUUUUGCCGUACACAAACAGUUUUUUAAAUCCCAUAAUUUAUGCUUAUUUCGAUAAGUCGUUCAAUAUGGCAAUAAAGAAUAUACUGUUAAGAAUGAUGGGAAAACAGCCUCGGUCGAAAUCCUUACAAACAAUGACAGCAAGUCGCGUGCAUCUCCGUGUUUAUUCGGAGACCGGAAGAACUUCACGUCUUCGAACAGACGAAUCCUGCUAAAGAGCUAUAUUACAGAAAAUAGCGAGGAUUCAAUACCAAAAAUACUUCGUGAAAUAACUGCUCAUUUUCCAUUUGUGGCCAACACCGGGACGCCAGGACAAUGCGAAAGCAGGGUGAACGCACUAUCAUAAUCAGGUGCGUUGGGGUUCUCUAACAUCUCUCAAAUAUCUCAUCAAUAAUUUAUACAUUUAUGUACAUUUCUUCAAAGGAAUUGAAUGUGUAUAAUAGUUAGGUAAUUAACAAAUUAUUUGUUUCUUAUUUGUGCCUUAAAAAUAAUCGCGUUUAAAAAUCAACUGUCUUAAUACGUUUGUAGCCCAAGGCUUUCUCUUGCUACUGAUUCGCCUCAUUCUAAGUGGUGCAUGCCUAUCUAGGAUAUCCAUUGUUUCCAUUAACAAAGUU